AUGACCGCUACUUCAACGCAAAGAGUCCCGAUCUCCCCCGGCGGCACGGAACUCGACGAGUGGUACAACGACACAAGCGCCCAAGUCACACCAAUGAGUUGGCGCGAGAAACGACAGUUCCAGAGGGAACUCAGACUGGCCGGGCUCUUUGGCCCUAGACGCGGCCCUGGACGCGGCCCUCUGUCUUUCAACAACCUCACCGAUGAAGUGCGAGACGCUCUAGUUCAAUUCCACAAUGCCCUGGUCAGGCAUACAGAAACCGACGAAGACCGACUUGAAUAUCUCGACAAGCAGCAAGACGGACUUAAGGACCUAGCGAAUAAGCUGUCAAAAAAGGAGGACCUCGGCGCUAAAGAGUUCUUCCUAGCCGAUCUCGUCGCAUGCACGAACUGGUUCAAGGAGCUGUUGAACCUGGUGGAGGAUCUGCGGCCUCAAGGAUAA